AUGCAGAGAGCCGGAGGCGGGGGCGCCCCCGGGGGCAGCGGCGGCGGCGGCGGCGGCGGGGGCCCGGGCACUGCCUUCUCCAUCGACUCCCUGAUCGGGCCGCCGCCGCCGCGCUCCGGCCACUUGCUCUACACUGGCUACCCCAUGUUCAUGCCCUACCGGCCCCUCGUGCUGCCGCAGGCGCUGGCUCCCGCGCCGCUGCCCGCCGGCCUCCCGCCCCUCGCCCCGCUAGCCUCCUUUGCCGGCCGCCUGACCAACACCUUCUGCACGGGGCUGGGCCAGGCCGUGCCCUCGAUGGUGGCUCUGACCACCGCGCUGCCCAGCUUCGCGGAGCCGCCCGACGCCUUCUACGGGCCCCCGGAGCUCGCUGCCGCCGCCGCCGCCGCCGCCGCCACUGCCACCCGAAACAACCCCGAGCCGGGCGGCCGACGCCCGGAGGGCGGGCUGGAAGCCGAAGAGCUGCUGCCCGCCCGGGAGAAAGUGGCAGACCCCGCACCGCCCCCGCCUCUGCACUUCUCAGAGACUUUCCCAAGUCUGCCGGCAGAGGGGAAGGUGUACAGCUCGGAUGACGAGAAGCCGGACGCGCCGGCGGGAGACCCGGCAGGCAGCGAGCAGGACGAAGGGGGCUCGGGCGGUGACAGCGAGGACGACGCUUUCCUGGACGGUUCUGCAGGGGGCCCCGGGGCCCCCCUGGGACCCAGAGCGAAGCUAACGGGGAGCCUGGGGACUGGAGCUGAGGAGGGGGCACCGGCGGCGGCGGCGGGAGUCACGGCUCCUGGGGGCAAAAGCCGGCGGCGCCGCACAGCCUUUACCAGCGAGCAGCUUUUGGAGCUGGAGAAGGAGUUUCAUUGCAAGAAAUACCUGAGCUUGACCGAGCGCUCCCAGAUCGCCCACGCCCUCAAGCUCAGUGAGGUGCAGGUCAAGAUCUGGUUUCAGAAUCGGCGGGCCAAGUGGAAGCGCAUCAAAGCUGGCAAUGUGAGCAGCCGUUCUGGGGAGCCUGUAAGAAACCCCAAGAUUGUCGUGCCCAUACCCGUGCACGUCAACAGGUUCGCUGUGCGGAGCCAGCAGCAACAGAUGGGGCAGGGCGCCCGGCCCUGAGGGGCUCCCGGGACCUCCCGAGUCUGCUCCGAGACUGGGCCAGGGUUCUGGGGACCCGAGGGGCUCCCGCUGUGAUCCUGCCCUCGGAUGGGGCUCAGUCGGCAAUUAACGUAGCUCUAGGGGGGCUCUCCUGGCACUUGGCCCUGAGCCACUCCAGAGACCCCCAGGACUGGGGCUUCAGGGCUAAAGGGGCUUAGGUUCUUCCUGUCAAGGAGCUGCUGGGACUGAGGUGGACUCCUAGGGCCUGGAAGGUUCCCGGCUAAUGCCCUGGAAUCGCUUCUGACGGGGAUGGGAGGAAGCCAGGGUGAGACCUGGCCAAGCUGAUGACAGCUCCUUAUUUAUUUUGUGUGAAGUUUGUAUAUACGGAGCUCUCUGCCUCUGUGUGUCUGCACCCCUGAGAGGGAUUGGGGAGCUUGUGUGUGUCCUCCAUCCUCAGCCAGUGUGGUUCCAUCUCACGGCCCCAGGGUGGGUCCCGCCUCGCCUGUCUAUAGUACAGGACGCGCAAAGAAGCGAAGUGGAACUGUCACUAGCCCCUUAGAAACCCUUCAGCACUACCGUGUCCUUCAUGUAAUCUACCUCCACUGACGCCCUUUCCCGCCGCAGGUGCUUCCCCCCGUUCCCGCCUCCAGCUCUCAUGCUCCUAACGCGGCAUCUCUCU